CAGCGUUGGGCUAUAUUUUGUACGUAGCCGUUGAACAGAAUCGACGUGCGUACGCUACGCAAGACAUCUUACGUUAAUAUCCACAACAAACAUGGCGGACGAUCACACAGACGCAGAUCACUCCAUGGAGGGACACACUCCUGUGUCUGAGAACCCUCACGCAGAGUACCUGACAGAGAACAUCCAGGGGGACCUUCCACCCCCCAACCCCAUCGAGUACCUGGCAGCCUUCCUCCUGAAGAACAAGGCCCAGUUUGAGGAGAGGAGUUAGAACUCGUCUGUCUUCGUUUUCAACUGUUUGUUUUUUUUAAAUCCACAAUAAACCUGUUGGUGUGUAAAAGGAA